AUGGAUAGUGAUAAGAUAAAUGAAGAAAGAAAGGCAGAACUUAUGAAUGAUGCUAUAGUACAGUUAGAGGAACAAUACUUACAUGGUGAAGAUACCAAAUCUUCAAAUACAUGUAGUUCUGAGGUUCUUAAAAAAAGAGAAGAUGAAAUGGAUAAAGGAUUAUUUAUUGUUCUAGAUGAUGCUCAAGUAGUUAUACAAAAUCAAAUACCUUUAAAAUAA